UGGAGUCUUCGGUAUGUCUUGUGGCCAGACGGUGACUAGCGCGGGACUUGAUCUGUGAUCAAUAAGUUCGCAGAGAGAAAACUGGUGGUAAAGCAUUCGUAAGAACGGAAAAAUGUCCCAUUCGCCUGUCAGCUCAAAACCUCCUGAUGGAGGAUGGGGUUGGAUGGUGGUGUUUGGUGCCCACAUUUCCAUUGGUUUCGCCUACUCUACACCCAAAAUCCUAUCGGUUUUCUUCAAUGAGAUUCAAAGUGACCUUCUCAUCAGCUCCAGUGAUGUAGCAUGGAUUUCCUCCAUCAUGCUGGCCAUCAUGUAUGCAGGCGGUGAGACCCCGAUUAGCAGCAUGUUGGUCAGUCGCUUUGGAAGCCGGCCAGUCGUCAGUGGUGGGCUGAUGUUUGGCUUUUCAAUGGUCCGCGCUUCUUUUGGGACUUCCAUCAUUUACCUCUACUUUUGCAUUGGUGUUGUUGGAGGUUUUGGGCUUGCCUUCAAUCUCAAUGCUUCCCUCACCAUCAUCAGCAAGUACUUUCUGGCUCAGCGUCCUUUAGCCAAUGGACUGGCGAUGGCUGGGAGUCCAGUAUUCCUCUGUUUCCUGGCUCCUCUCAACCAAUACUUAAUUGACAACUUCGGCUGGAGAGGAAGUCUUUUUAUCCUCGGCGCUUUGAUGCUUAACUGCUGUGUUGCUGGAUCCUUGAUGAGGCCCAUUUUGACAAAUACGUCAAUUCAUGUAGCACAAAAGAAGGUGGAGGAAAAGCCAAAUAACUACAACACCAUGCUGAAACGAAGCUGCAAGUGUAAUGUUACUACACCCUUGGACUUUUCCUUCUUCAAGGACAGAGGUUUUGUGAUUUACCUCAUAGGUAGUGUGAUGUUCAUUUUUGGUGCCUAUGCACCCAUCGUCUUCCUGACAGCUUAUGCUGUCAAUCAAGGUGUAGAUGAAUACUAUGCUGCCUAUCUGUUGUCCAUCAUGGGCUUUGUGGAUAUGUUUGCUCGUCCUGGCUCUGGCCUAGUAGCCAACUGCAAGUGGAUUAGACCCAGAAUCCAGUACUUCUUCAGCUUUGCUGUGCUUUUUAAUGGCUUAUGCCAUUUAUUGUGCCCUCUGGCCAAGGGCUACACCCUCCUUGUGACCUAUGCUGUAUUUUUUGGCAUUAGCUUUGGCAUGGUAUUCGCUCUCAUAUUUGAAUGCCUCAUGGACCUCAUGGGAAGUCAGCAUUUCCCCAGUGCAGUUGGACUGGUCACCAUCAUUGAGUGCUUCCCAAUGCUGCUGGGACCACCUGCUGCAGGGUUACUGGUGGAUGUCUUCGGAUCCUAUAAAUACCUCUACUUCAUGUGUGGUUCUGUGAUUGCUACUGGCGGUGUCUUUCUCUUCAUCAUGAACAUCUACAACUACCACAAGCUGAAUAAGGAGAAGGCAGUGAAGGGAGGAGGAACCCACAACCACAAAACCAUGGACAUCCAAGACCAGGCGAAGGGCUCAGGGGUGGAGAUGCUAAAAGAUCUGGAGCCAGCAAAGAGUCCGGAUGAAGAUAACGUAGUGUAGUCUUUUAAGAAAGUGUGUUUGAUGAGUCUGUGUGUCCAGUGACUGACUCACUCUGUCAGUUUGUCUGCCCUCUAGGGGCCGUUAGGAGACAGUGGAUGGAUCUUAAAGUAUUUCUCUUAAUUGCGUCCCACACUUUUUUGUAUUUCCAUUGCAUCUUAUUUCCUCCUACUAAACUCACAAGAAAGAGAUGCAAGAAAAGCUGAGAACACGGGACACCUUCUAAUCCCCUUAUCACCGUCACUUACUGACAACGGUGAGUCAUCCCGAUUAGACACCUGAUCUAAAAAAUCAUAGAACACACUUACUGCAGCAUCAUUACUUUGUUUUAAAGAUACACUGACACGAUGAAACAGAAAGUGCGACGUCACGCUGUGCGGGUUUCCCCUUUAUUCAAAUCACAUCCAGCUGGAUCAGACACCAGAAGAAACUGAUUUAGCAGUUAGCAGUUUAUUCUAGACUUGCUUCUGGAUUUAGUGAUUUUUGUAUCAAUCUAAUUCCAGUAGCACCCAAUGGGAUAAACGGGUGAAGGUGAUUUGUCUGACUGGCAGGGUUUUAUUUCACUCACUCACUGCGAGUUUAGAAAAAACUGAAUUUCCUCCCUCCUUUGAGCCAAAAUUAGAAAAUCCGUCGAAAUGCUGGAUUUGAUCUGUUUCCAGGUCACCCAGUGACAAAACACAGAAGAGACAUCAGUGAGAGGAAUGAGUUUGAUCCAGUUUAUGAAAACAGAUAAAGAACAAAAACAUUUGUAAGCACACACCAUCAUUUUUUUUCCCACACAGAAAAGAAUAACUGUUACAAAACUGGUCAGUUUAUUUUAUUCUUAAUUGGUUCAUGUGGCACAGCACAGUCAGGGCCACUGUGGUUACCACCAAAGAUACUUUUAAAUUUUCUGGUGUCAGCUGUUGUUGACAGAAGUCAUUUGUUUUAUGGAGCUGGGUCUUUAAGAUCUGCUCACUUAAAAGAUUUGUUCCUUUGGCUUUUUUUGUCACAUUUUCAUGCACAAAUAUUUCUUGAUAAACACGACAUCUUGUGGUAAUUUAAUGUUCUUCAGAUAAUGUACUGUAGUGUGCUGAGGAAUACUAUGAAACAAUUUAUGUUCAUCAAGAUCUCUUAUUUUAAAACCGUUUAUAUGGUGUGAAACACUGCGAUCUUCAAUAACAGUCGGGUCCAUGAUCAAUUGCAGUAGUCACCUCUAUGUAUGUGACAAUUUGUAAAUAAAUUAUACAACUUACAGAUGCAGUUUUCUAUCCAUAAAAGCAGAAGGAUGUAAUUGUCAAACAAAACAACUCAGCUUUAAUGAAAACUAAAUACAACUUUACUAAGACAAUGAAUGUGAAAUUAAAAUGCUUGCUAUUGCUUAUUUUAUCAAUCUGUAUUAAUGAAUCACUUGACUUGUGUAUUUCUUUGUUACUGUGAACUAUCAGACAUCUUUGCAUCUUAGUUUUUAAUAUUUAGUUAGGUCCAUAUAUAUUUGGACAUUGGCAUUGUUUCUGUAAAUGUAGCUGCACAUUCCAGUUUAUCUGAUUUGAAAGCCCCAGAGAGUUUACAUGAUUUGCAUUAAACAAUAUACUGUGUAAAGUGAAAUAACCCAAAACUUUGGCCGUCUCAAAAUAUAUAUGAACUUAACUGUAAUCUUUUUACAUUUUAAAUGAGCAGACAAUAUACAAUGCAGUGGUGCUACCAAGUAUUUAGAGUUCUUUAGAAUUCUGCUGUUUCUACAUACUGUUUGUACUGUGUAUUUGACUUAAAACAUGAACAUGUCAAAGUCGUAAAUCUUGCUAAAGAUGCCCCAUUUAAAACAAAUAUCACCGUUAUUUUUUAUUUUUAUGUUUUAGUUAUGUUACAGAACAAGCACCAGUGGCCUUGCUAGCAACCAAGACAGUACAGUUAUUAACAAGGUUUCAACUUGAUAGGUCAGCCUGUCUUUAUUUAUUUUAUGUUAUACUUAUUUUUCAUGGUAAAAUAUACCAUCUUGUCCCAAAAUGGGAGGUUCACUUUUCCUCACCAUUAUCUGUUAGAACCCAAAAUUUCAGAGCUGAAUAUGCAGUCAUUCUUCAUUAAUUUUCAAUAUCUGGCUUAUGACAAUCAGUGGUCACAGGGGUGGGGUAGCUUAAGCCCAUCCCAGCAGUCAUUGGGCAAGAGGCAGGGUACACCUUAGACAGGACGGCAUUCUAUCACAGGGCCGCAUGUAGACAGACAAACACAUUCACAUACCUACAGUCAAUUUAAAGUUUCCACUUCAGCUAGCAUGUCUUUGGAAGUGGGAAGAAACCAGAUCACUUGGAGGGAACCCACUCAAACACGGGGAGAACAUUCAAAGUCUACACAGGAAGGACCACGCGGGAAGCGAUCUCAGGAUCUUCUUGGUGUGAGGCAACAGUGCUAUUCACUAAGCCAUCGUGCCACCUGAAUUUGUAUUUAUGGAGUAAAAUUUCACUGAAUGACCUACUCCUUUAAUCUGAUACUUAUGCUGUUAAUCACAGGGAAAAUUAUCCAAAAGAAAGUGUUUUUUGGGGAAAAUUACCAUUUCCUGUGUUUGUGGAGCAGGUAGCUCAGUGGCAAGGAGUUGGACUAUCAAUAUGUAGACCUGGGUUCAAUUCCUGUUCAUACUGUCCAUCUGUGCCAUUGGACAAAACAGUUUGUCUACAUUGGCCAAGUCCACCUUGCUGGAAAUGAAUGCCGACCUUGGCUGUGGAAGCAACUUUAAUCAGACUGUUUUUCCACCCAUUGAAAGUAUUAGACUCUCAUUCGCUUCACGUUAUGGAGUUUGGGAAUAGGUGCCAAUGGGCCUCAGGGCCUGUAAAGGACUUACCUCUAAUGUAUUUCUUCAGUACAUUCACUUGGAAUAAUUUUGUCAAAUUCCUCUUUACAAAACUGCUUCAACUCUGAUAGUUGUAGGUUUCCUUGCAUGAAGUACUCAGUUGGGAUCAUUGAGUUACAUUUCUGGAGGGUUGAUGUCUAGACUUUGACUCUGCCGUUUCAAAACACAGUUACUUCCCCUUUAACCAUUCCAUGUAAACAGGCCUGUGUGUUUAGGGUCAUUGUCUUAUUAUAUAACCACCUUUCUCCUGAGCUUUUGUGUCUGAACAUAAACCCUGAGAUUUUCCUGUAGUAGUUGAUGGUCUCGUGCUAAUUUGGUAGUUCCAUCAAUGGUGGCAAGUGCUGGAGUGUCAUAAUUUUUCUGAAUGUAAUAAUUUUGAUGUAAUUAAAUUUUGGGCUCGCCUGUCCAGUGAAAAUACUUCCAGUAGCCUUAUGGUUUAUCCACAUGGCUUUUUUUUUCAAACCUCACUCACAUAUAAAUGUUCUUGGAGAGCAGUGGACAUUCGACCAUGGAUAUUGUUGUUCUGUGUUGAUCAGAUGGUAAACUCAUGAACACAUCGACAGAGAACAGUGUAGAGAGGUUUUUGUUGGACCCCCACUCCUGUGGACAGUAAUAAAUGCGAUCAAUUUCUCAGAUUUGCGCAUGAUCGGCCAACAGUACUUGGUGAAAACUUCCAAAGUUAAUUUUUUUAACUGGUUGCAUAACCUUUCACAGUCUGAUAAAGAUCACAAAUUUUUGAGCUCAGGAAUGUCUUGAUUGAGACACACAUUCACAAGCCUGCUUGAUGAAGGUCACAUUUUAAUAUUGAAGAGGAAGGUUUGUGCUCUUCAUAGAGGGCCAGGCCUCCCAUAUUCACACCUUUGAUCAAAAGACCCGACGAUAAUUACCGUACUACUUUAUACGAACUGGUAUUUCAAGGAGUUCGUGUACUUUUUCCAACAACGUGAUCAAUAUUGGAUCAUUUUACUCAAAACUGCAUUAAAACUAUUUUUUAUGUUAUCUCUUUAAUUAGAUGAUUUUUUUUUUAAUCUAGUUUUAUGACCUUGAUGAUGAUCUGAUCAUGUUUUUGGUCAAAUGUUAAAUGGAAUAUUCAGAAACAUUCCAGAAGAAUAAUCUAAAGAACAUGUUAUAUGCCUGAAGUGUAAUACUGACUUGAACACGUUUGCAGAAAUGCAGACUUCUUUUAAUCAGUUGCUGACAUUUAACAGUGACGUUUGUGAAUCUGUCAAGAACAUAUUUUCAUCCAAUGUGAAUUGAUUUAAAUGCAGUGUGAAGACUUUGUGCUUUUGCAUCAGGAUGUUUGUAUGAAUGAGGAACGUCAGAGGCAAAUGCACAGAAUGUGUUUUAUUAAAUAGAAUUUUCACUUUUUACAUUUGUGUG